AUGGCAGUGUACCUACCGGAACAUGUGAUAGUUCAAAUCAUGGAGAGGUUGCCGAUCAAAUCCCUAAUCCGCUUCACCUCCGUUUCGAAACGCUGGCGUUUCAUCAUAUUGUCCGACCCAAAUUUCGCCAAAUCCCAAUUCCAGCAAACUCGGAGUCACAGAGCCCUCUGCUUCGACCGGAGAGAAUCUGAAUUCGAAUCUAGAGACUUGGAGACGUUAUGGUCCACCGGAGACAAUUCUACGGACAGAAAGCUCAGAUGUCCGUUCAAGAAUCCGGGCGAUGAACUCCGCUCACUCUCCUCCUGCAAUGGUUUAGUAUGUGCAACUCUUUCUCAUCGAAGCAGUAUCGAUUUGGACAUAUAUAUUUGGAACCCUUCAACUCAAUUCUACAAAAAGUUACCUGCUUCUCCUUUACGAGUACAAAGAGUUCCAUAUGUACGCUGUUAUGGUUUUGGCUACUUGUCAGCCACCGGCGACUUCAAAGUUCUCAUAGACAACCUCUACUCAUUGAACAUUGAGCACCAUAACUUCUCAUCGAACAGUAACAACCUCUACUCAUUGAACAUUGAGCGCCAUAGCUUCUCAUCGAACAGUAACAUUUGGAAAAGGAUCGCAGUUCCUUUCCGCAUCCAAAGGGACGUUGCAGGGACUCUUUCAAAUGAGGCACUUCAUUGGAUUGAUAAAGAGAUACUGGCUUUCGAUUUAACACAUGAGAAGUUCCGAACUAUGCUGCUGCCUGACUUCAAACCGGGUCAGUGUAUCAUGGAGCUAGGGGAUUUUAGAGGAUGCCUGUGUGCAUUGGAUUGUCUGAAUCGACGUGCCAGUUUUAUUGAUCUGUGGGUCAUGAAAGAGUAUAACGUGAGUGAGUCUUGGACUAAGCUCUUUACCUUAAAGAUUUCUGAUCGGCCUGUUAGAAUGCGUUCUUUACGGCUAAUCAUGGUUAUGGAAACUGGUACAGUUUUGGAGAAAGCACCAAUCAGUGAGGGUAGGGAUUGCGAUACUGAGUUCAAGUUGAUAAAGAGUGGUCAUAAGGAAGAGAAGUUUGAAACACAUAAGGUUAGCAGGAAGUUGUAUGGCUACACAAUUGGAUAUGAAGAGUCUCUACUUUGGGUUGGAGACCAUAGCACAGAACCUGCCAUGUGGAACUAG